AUGGGAGGUUCGGACUCCCGUCGUUCAGAUGAGGACAUACUUGCGGAGUCGCUUUCCUCUAUGAAAAUAAAGGGAGGAAACGACAAUGGCGAGACCACCAGCAAUCAUCAAGCCUCUCACAAAUCACAUACUUCAAGUUCUAGUCCAACCAAGACUGAUCUGAUUGUCAAGGGAGGUUCCAGCUCGACAACAAGAAAGAUCACCACUUUGGGAUCUUCUAAUGGCUAUAAAUCAUUGGGACCACCUCGUCCAACUACAUCAGCUCCUGGGCUUGCUGCAAAAGCAUACGGCUCUCUUGCCCCACCUAGGUCUGGAACCAAGACGACAUUUACCGUGGAUGCUAACAAAGACAUGUUCAAGCCGAUUGACGUUUCUAGCAAGAACUGGGGAAAGAGGUUGGACGUGAAGAAAUUGUCCAGCGCAAGCACCAGUCUUGCCCCACCUGGGAACUAUGGGCCUGGAUUGAAGCCCAGAGAAGCUAUUGCAACCCAUGACCGUUGGGACAAAUUCGCUUCCAUAGAAUCUCCUUUUAAGGAUAAAGAAGCCCUUCGCAAUCAUACGGGAGCGGGAUUUCUCAGUUCGCCUUCAAAGUUCAAUGCUGACGAUCCCCAGACAUUGGAGCUACUGUCUGUUGGAGAGGGCGUCGGUCUGAUUGGAGAUGAGACAAUUAAACCUGCAGAUGUCUUUGUUAAAGGAUUAGAUGUCGUUCUUCUUCCUCAUCAAGUUCAUGGAUUGAGGUUUUUGAAAGCAAGAGAAAACCCGGAGUUUGCCCAUAAAGGUGGUUUGCUGUGUGAUGACAUGGGACUGGGUAAGACUGUCCAAGCAAUGGCGUUGAUUCUGGCCAAUAGACCUGCCCAAAAUGACGAGACUGAGUUGUUCGAGCACGAUGAAAACUUCAAGUAUAAAAUACCCGAGCGAAGCCUCAAGACGACUUUAGUGGUGUGUCCUGUUGCCCUGGUUACUCAAUGGGCUGAUGAGAUCACCACCAAGGCACCAGGCCUGACUGUCUCCACUUACCACGGUCCCUCCCGCGAACGUGAUAUCAACAAACUUGCGGAAUUCGAUGUUGUUGUCACCACUUACAGUGUGGUCAUGUCUGAUGCCAAUGACCCCGCCAAAUCCCCGCUAUACAAUGCGUUCUGGUGGAGAGUCAUUCUGGAUGAAGCCCACACAAUAAAGAAUAGACAUGCCAAAACUGCCCAGGCCUGUUUUGCCCUGGGGUCCUCCAGAAGAUGGUGUUUGACGGGAACCCCAAUUCAGAACAGUUUGGACGAUUUACAGUCGUUGCUUCUGUUCCUGAAGGUGAGCAAGUACAGUGAUGCCGAUCUGUGGAAGGUCAAGGUACGGGACGUCAUCAAGAACGGCCGAUCUGUCGAUGCCCUCGAGCAACUUCGACAAGAGUUGUCAAAGAUCAUGUUGAGAAGAAACAAAGACACACUUAAUAAAAGCUCGAAUGCACUCAAGCUUCCUGCCAAAAAUGUCCAUGUCGAAACGAUUCAACUGUCACCUCCAGAAGCAAAGAUCUACACUGCUUUGGAGCAAAAGAUCCUCAAGACCGUCACCAGCUCUAAUGGGGAAAUGGACUAUGUCAAUGCCUUGGUCUUUCUUCUUAGAUUGCGCCAGGCUGCCUGUCAUUGGAAGCUACUUAGCAACUACGAUGACGACUUUUUGAGCUCGUAUCUUGACAUGCCCAAGCGGCCGUCUUCCCCAAUCAAGUCGGACAAUACGAGCCAGGAAAACCUCCUGAAUUUUGGAAAAGAAGCAAAGGCAGCAGACGAUCUUAUGGACUUGUUCAGUUCGCUGAGUUUGAAGGAAAAUAAGUGCGAGAUUUGCUCCGAGACGAUACCUCAUGGCCAGAAGAAGUGUGCCUCAUGCGAGUUGAUUAUCAAGGGAGAGGACGAGGCCGCAGACCUCGGCAGUUUGAACAGUGCGAAGCUGGUGAGGCUGGUUUCUAUAGUUAAAAGUGACCCUUCAAGAAAGACGAUCAUCUUCUCCCAAUUUACGUCUAUGUUGGAUCUUAUAGCGCAAGAAAUGGCUGGAUUGGGCAUAGGUUACGUUCGUUAUCAGGGUUCAAUGAGUAGGCAGGAAAGAGACCAAUCUCUUGAAAAACUCCGCAAGGACAGAAAAGUGACGGUCCUGCUUUGUUCUCUCAAGUGCGGGUCUUUGGGUCUGAACCUUACGUGUGCGUCAAGAGUCAUACUGUUUGAUCCGUGGUGGAACCCUCAGAUUCAAGAGCAGGCAAUUGACAGGGUCUACAGGUUAGGUCAAACGGUUGCCGUGGAUGUUCAUCAGUUGGUUUCCAAGAACACUGUUGAGGAGAGGAUUAUGAAGUUGCAGGACGAGAAACGGAACUUAGCAAAAGCCGUGGCCGAUGGAGACCAGGUCGCCAACCAGAAGCUCAACGUGAACAAGUUGUCGUUCUCUGAGAUGCUGAAGUUGUUCGGGGCCGCUUGA